GACUUUGCAAAUGGCGAAUUGCAAAUGUUCAGAAAACUUGAGAUGUUCUUCAGAUGAUUCUAUACAAUUCUUUAAUACACAGUAAUCGAGAAAAAAAUGUUGCGGAGAAUUUUUCUGUAUCAUGGUGAAUUUUGUUUCAAAAUGGGUAAAUUUCCUUGUAGUACGAAGAAAUACAUGUACGCUAUGUCCUGCUCGUGGAGUCAAUUGCGGUGUUCUUUGUACAGAAUGAGGCAUUUAAUGAAGCAGCAACAAGCAGCCUGUCAUCAAAGUACUAAUGUCCAUCCUGUCAUUGAGGCGGUGCACAAAGUGUCAAAUCCAGCAGGUGUUAAACAAAGUUGUGAUGAAAUUAAUUAUCCUCCUGAUAUGGUGAAACUUAAGGCUGAAGCAUUCAAUUUGGAAGAGGGUGCCAAAUCCAUUCUUGAUAUUCUAGACAAAACUGUUGCAUCAACCGUUGUAAUAUUUGUACGGACCUCAGUCCUUGCAGAGGUAUUGGUUGAUGAACUAAAGGAAAAUAAUUUUGAUGCAAAAGUUGUGGACAAAUCUCUUCAAUUUGAUAACAACAGAAAGGAGAAAAGUAUCUUUGUGAUCAGUGAUAAGAUGGCCACCACUCUCUCUGUACCUCCUACUGAUCUACUUAUUCAAGUUCAGGCCCCACUAUCUGGUAUUGACAUAAUGAAACAACGUCUUCAUGUUAAUAAAUUUACCAACAUGCAGAAACAAGCUGUACUUUUGUACAACAGUAAUGAUGUCAACUUCAUUGCCAAGCUUAGUGAAAUUGCUGAAAUAACUGGAACAAAUUCUUCAUUACAUCCAGAAAAAAACGAGAAGCAAUUAGAAGCGCAUGAGGUUAAUUUAUCUGAACUCACAGUACACAACGAUAUCAUUGAAAACAACCCUGCAGUUUCAAGAAAAGUUAAAACUACACUUUUUAAACCCGUAUACCCACAGCAGAGAACGAAGAGCCCUCGUAAUUCUUUUGUGGAUAGAGUUCGUUUGUAUGCUAUUGGUGGUAGUGGUGGUAACGGGAGUCCUCGCACUGGUGCGCGCGGUGGAGAUGGCGGUGAUGUCAUAUUACAGUGUCAAUCAAAAGCAACAUUACGUCAUUUUCGCUUUAAGGAAAACAGAAGACCAAAAGCAGGCCAUGGACAGCAUUGUUCCAUUCGGGAGAAAAGGGUGAAUGGUGCACGAGGCGCGGAUCUUAUCAUUCCAGUUCCUCUUGGCACCGUCGUGAGAGACGAGACAACAGGUCACGUGAUUGCAGAUAUGAACAAAGUAGGACAACGUGUCAAAGUGGUUAGCGGUGGUCAUGGCGGAUCUCCUUUGACGUCUGCUGGUGGGGGAGAGAAGGGAGAGAAAAGAAUGGUAAUAUUAGAAUACAAGAUGUACACUGAUGUUGGUCUGGUGGGGUUUCCAAACGCAGGGAAAUCUACGUUAUUAAAGGCGUUGUCAAAUGCAAAACCAAAAGUUGCAGAUUAUGCUUUUACCUCGCUCAGUCCGACGUUAGGAAGGAUACAAUUUGACAAUUUUAGUCAGUUCACACUGGUUGAUCUACCUGGUUUGAUAGAAGGCGCGCAUAAAAAUAGAGGAUUGGGUCUAAAGUUUCUACGUCAUAUUGAAAGGGCCAGAAUCUUGAUGUUUGUAGUGGAUGUGAAUGGAUUUCAACUUUCAAGUCAGCAUCAAAAGAGAACAGCAUAUGAAACAAUCUGUCUGCUAGCUAAGGAGCUAAUGCUGUACAAAGAGGAUAUUUUAACCAAACCAAAAUUGCUAGUUUUGAAUAAAAUUGAUUGUGUUGGAGACAAUGAUAUAUCUUCUAUACACGAAGAAUUGGUACACAAGGGCAUGGAGCUUCUAACAAGCACAGAACAUGGGAACAUGGCAAACAAUUCUCUAUUUGAACAUGUUCUUGCUGUAUCAGCAUUGAAUCAGACUGGUAUUGAAAAGGUACAGUCUGUGCUGCAAGAACUAAUCAGAAAAUUACAAUAAUUACCAGCUACAAUAUUGUUGUCUGUAUAUAUAAGUUGACAUACAAAGAGUUAUACGAGACAAGUCUU